AUGGCGGAUGUCGACCAGUUGACCAAGGACCAGAUCUUGGCCAUCGUCGCUCUCGAACGUACAGGAGGAAGUACCAGUCUCAUCGCAGUCUUUUGCAUCUUUGUGGCCUACUGGACCAUCCCCGAGGUUCGAAAUGUGCAGAAUACCUUCAUCGUGUUUGCCAGCGUGGCCAAUGUUGGGGCUAGUGCCGCGAGCAUCAUUGCCAGGGAUGGACUGGUAAAGGGGGAUGAUUCGGGCCUCUGCCAGGUCCAGGGUUUUCUAUUCGAGAUGUCAGUUUGUUUUCCUUGGCCCUUUCUUUUACUCCCAUACCCCCCUCUUGUACGUGACGGCCCUCCUUGCGAGUUCCGGUGUGCCCUCCUUGUAUUUCUUCCUCUCUUGGUCUUGGUCUCGACAGAGGGAAUGCAGCAUGUCGGAACCGUGACGAUAGAGGAUGCUGACGCAUCGAAAACACAUCGCAGGUUCAUGCAAUCUGACCCCUGGUGGUCCCUGGCCAUGGCCGCCAACGUCUUCCUCGUCUUUUACUUCCGCGCCUCCCCUGAUGGAUGGGACGAUAUUCGCAUCUACUCAUACUACAUGCUGAUCUGGAUCUGUAUCCUCGGAUCCAUCAUACUCUACUUCCUGGUGGGAUACCACGUCUUUCGGUCUCGGAACAUUAUACAAAGCUUCACUGCCCCCUACACGAGCCCUGAUACCACGGCUACGACGACGACUACAGUCACCAGUCAGCCGGAUGAUGCAAGCCUUGCUAACAUGCUCCGUCACCAGCAAUCACCUCACUUUCGACUACCACGUGUGCCCCAGGGUGGCUUCUACGGCACCGUCGUCACGGAAGUGCAGGUCACCCACUCUGUCCUGGGCGUCUCACAACCUCGUACGGCUUCGCCAUCGUCACCCGCCUAUCCUGGGAGGGCUCACAUGCCCACCCUAUCCUUUGACGCCGGUGCGCCAGGCCGCGAGACGCCGGUGAUGGCAGCACGGGCCCCUUGCUUCUCGGCGGUCGUCACGUCCGAGCUUUCCGGGGACCAGAUGGGAGGAGGGGGAGAUGUUUCGGAGGAUCAGCAGCACGGGCAGCAGGACGGAGUGGUGGUGCCGGGUGGCUGCCGCGCCGGCUGGGGCAGGUGGAUACUCGGAAGUAAAACACAGCCGUCCGGCGGGAGCAUGUCGGCGGCAACGUCCGAGGGCGCCGAGGGGGUCGGGGGCGCCAACCCGGGCCGGCUCUCGCGCACGAAGCGUUCCCUGGUGGACAGGUUCCUCGUGGCGGACCCGAUCAAGAGCGCGUACCUGCGCACGAGCUUCCUCUUCACGCUAAGCGUCCUGGUGACGUGGAUCCCGAGUAGUAUGAACCGGAUCCACAGCUGGCUGACGGGCGUGUCGCCCUUUGAGUACCACGUCGCUACGGCGGCUGUGCUGCCGCUGCAGGGGCUCUGGAACGCCGUCAUCUUCUUCGUCACCAGCAGCAGGACCAUAAGAAGGUGGGUCCGGCAGAGGCGCGGGCUCCAGGGGGACGGUCGCCACAUGCAUCACGAUGACGGACCCGCUGUCGAGGGGGUGGUGGGGCCUGCGCCGAGCGGCGCCGAGGGAGCUGUCAUCAGCUCGCACCACAACCGGCCUUCCCUGUAUGAGACUGAUGAGGAGUCGGCCUCGUCGCUGGUGAGUGAUGUGGAAAUGAGGGAGCUGGCGGGCCAGCCGAGCAAGAGAUCAACCAUCGGCAGAUCUGGUCCUGAAUGGCGGGGUCUCGACCUCACCGGGGGUGACGCGGAAGCGCACACCAACGGUCUGAUCGGCAUCGACCCAGAGGAUCUGGUUGCUGCUGGCGCCGGUCUGGGCCGCCUUGUCGGAGACGGCCAUGUCGUCGAGCCAGUUUCUCCACACGCGCAGGACCCCCUCGCCGACAUUGAUGUGGCUCUUGAAGAGGCCCGGUCGGGGGCCGGCCUUGACGACAUUGGUCACGGCGCAGAGCUGGGAGAACAGCUGGCCGUCGUCGAGGAAGAUAUCCUGGCAGGCCGUGUCAGCCACGUCGCCCUGGGGGGCAGACGAGUUGACGCUCUCCCGGCGCUGCUGCUGCCACUGCUGCCGCUGCUUGCGCAGCUGCAGAAUCUGCCGUUGUCGCUCGUCCAGGACGGGGCGGAAUGA